AUGGCCGACACUGUCAUUCGAGAGCACAAGCGGCUUCGCCUCACAUCCCCCGACGCCAACGUCAACGCCAAGGCCGACGCAUGGGACUUCCUCUCGCCAUGGUUCGAGCAGCUUAAGGGGAGUCUCACGGUCACCUCGGACGGCUACUUGCAGGUUCUAUACCAGCAACCUCGUUGGAUACGACGUGGCCGACCCAACCCAUACGACAUCUGUGAGUGGCACACCCGCGAGGCGCUGGAGCUGCUGGUGCUAGUGCACAGCGUGAACAACCGAGCUUGGGUCAAGAUCCUGAAGGAAAAAUGCGAGCUGAGGUUCGAAGAAGAGGAGGAGGGAGAUGUAUCGGACACAGGCAGUGACGAGGAGGGGGAAGACGAUGACGCGGAAACAUUUAAGUUCGAGUGCGAGCACGACCGAGAAGUGCCGCUGUCGCCUCGUUUCAAGUUUGAGAUGGACGUCGGUUACCAACACGCACGCCCGUGCUACAAGCCCAGUCUGGAGUUCUUGGCCGCGAAACAGCGGAUCUUGAUGAUGCAAGACGAGGUGUUUAAGACACACCCACAUGUACCGCGAUCCAUCGAGAUCCCGGUCUCAUUCGAGGUUGCCUCGUCGUCUAGAGAGAAUAACGACGCGGUUGUUGCGCAUAUGCUGGAACUGCGGGAGCUGAUCGAGGCCAUGAAAAGUUACAGCAAGCAACAAGUUGGGGAUUCGAACAGUCUUGAUGAUUGCGCAAGAACGUUCACUUACUGCCUGGACGAGCUGUCGAUAAGCAUUUCCGACGUGAAUGUAACCGAGGCGCGCGUGGAAAGCGUCUUACGAGUGCUUGGAACUGGAGUCGCGAUUGAAAGGUUGGAAGUGGAUCUGUACCGUGAACCUGAUAGCCCUGCGAGCCGGAAAAAUCUUGCGAAGUUAUUGAUUGGAUUACUGGUUCACUCGAUCGGCACCUUCGUUUUCGUAAGUGGUCGCGACUGGCACUGUGACGCGCUGUGCUCUACACUCGCAGUCGCUCGAACACCCGUCGGGACGCUUCAGCUACGUGGUAGGAGUCAGUACUCAGAUCGGGGGAGGCUGUUAGCGGGGGCGCUCUUUUGUUCACGAAUGCCCCGCUGUACUUCUUACCCACCCAUUGACCGCUUGGAUAUCUCGGAUUCGACUUUUUACAGCUUCCAACUCAAGGACUUUGAGGAUGCUAUCAAGGAGAAGGACUUCUGGUAUAGCUUGGGGCUCACUUCGUGCAUGGGAUGGCAGCUUCCUGAAGGAACUAUGUUGUGCUUUGACGACGGCGACAUCGUCACGAAACAUGCCAUCUCGAUACCGGUUGAUACAAACAUGAAGCUGCUGCCAGCCAGCACGGGCGAUCGAAGUGGCAUGGUUGGACUUCAAUCUCCAGUUUUCCCCCUGGAUGAACGGUGGAAGGACGAUGACAUUUAUCCUGAAGUCGUGCCCGAAGCUGACGAGUAUGUCGAUCGUGCAGCCCACUAUACAUUUGAGCCGUUUACUGGAGAGACGAAACCAGAGCUAACUUCGCUUGCGAUAAGGGAUGUCGAGCACAUUGGGCGUGAUCACGCAAAUGGGUCCACCGCUGUCAACGACUCAACCCUUGAAGCGCUGUGGAUGGCGCUCCAGAACAACACGAGAUUGAAGAAGCUGAGCCUGAUCGCGCCAUUCCGUGCCAUAACGCCGUGGGGAAAUCGGUUUCGCCAGUUCCAUCGCCAGGUUCUACCCCCUACUCCACUCGGUCUGGCGUCCAAGCUUGCGUUCCUGAGUGCUGUCAGUAUUGACUUUGAAGUCAAUACUGCAGGCGAGCUUCCUUCCGCUCUCCAGAAACUUGACCAACACCCGGUGUCGCUUAUUUUCGAGUUUGCCGCCACUCGCGUGAUCCGCUCGGUGGAAAUAUUGAUCGGAGAUUAG